AUGCAUCCAUUAACUAAGACAGUUGAUGCUGAAUAUCCUGCAUCACUUCACACUUUAAACACCUUGAAAAAUACCGAUGUAACCACCCUGGGACUUUUUUCAAAGGUGAAAGAUGUAUUUAAAAGUUCAUUGGGAUUGUGUACAUUCUUGCUGAACUGUUACCUUACCUCUCAAACCUGAGUAGGGCGGGGACAGUGGAUUUUUCAAGAAUUGCUCCAGUUAUAGAGUAUGCAAAGGAAAAAGUUGAAGAAGCAGCUGAAACCGAGUCCCCAAGUAAUAAGCUGAAAGCAGAUCUUCUUGAUACUGGAAGGCUGGGAAUUCUUGACAUGAAUGCUUCCUUGCAUCUUCUGAAUCUGUUAGGAAAUCUUGUGUCCAAUUAUGCUGAAGGCCAACAUUGACAACACAUUCCACGAAAGCUUGCCUGUGGUUUUUGCAUGGUCUAUCUUUGACCCUUUGAAAGUCCCAAACAAGGAACACCUGUCCUUUAAAACGCACAUGUAUGGCAAAAACCAAGUCCACCCUUUAGUUAAGCACUUCAUGAGCUCCAUGCCCCCAGACAAAAAACAGUCAGUUGGAGAUGCAAUUAAACCUGAGUUUGCAAAGUUGAAGUAUGACAUGCUCACAUGGAAGGAAGAAAUUCCUAAAGAAUGCUACCCCUCUGAUGUUCCCUAUAAAGUAACUGCUACUGAAUGGAACCUGCAGCAAAUUUGUAAACUCUCUUACUUCUACCUACAGCUCAGUAAUGUGGCUGACUUAAUGCUUUCAACUCCAGUUUCAAAUGCCUGGCCUGAGAGGGGUACAAGCUGUGUGAAAUGGGUUAAGACAAGGUUCAGAUCAAAGUUACAUAAUGGCAUGUUGCAUGUUGCCAGGCCCUGGCACAGAUGUUGCCAAAUCGCUAACCGAAGAAGCAGUGAAGACCUGGACAGCUGCAAAGUGUAGGAGAAGGCUCCCCAGGGGACAAGGAAAUACGGCAUCUUGUUCUAACAGUCAAUCUCACCUGGUCCUGAUAAAUGCAGGAGUGCAAACAGAUUCAUGCGAUAAAAGAACUGAGCAGAUGUCUGUUGACAUCAGAGAAGAAGUUGAGGCUUUAUCCCAAGCGUUAAUUCUCCCUGAUGCUGAUGUUGAUGAUGAGGAGGAGGAUUAUGAUGAAGGUUAA